AUGGGACUUCAAGCCAGUUUUCAACAUUUCAUCUUCAAACUGAAGAGUGAAAAUCGAAAAGGUCACAUUUACCCCAAACGGAAGACCCUAUCAUGCCACGAGAAGCGACAGAACAAUUCUUGGCCGUUCAGGAGAUUCUCCAUUUCUAGCAGGGUUCGACUGAUGACCGCCCGCUUCAAAACCCACACUACCUGUCCCUCCAAAUACAAAACUAACGAUGGAGAAUGUUCUGUGGCAGAUCAGGUAGAAGGUUUGUGCGUUGGAUCCACAGAGGCGAUGAAUCCUUGUUCAGAAGUUCCUUCGAAUAGAACAUUUCCGAAUCAAACCGCAUCUGCGAUUUCUCUGAACUCAAGAAACAAGCCACCUGCAUCUGCCCACGUAGGUCACGAUGCUACGCCAUCCGCUGAGGUUGAGAGGCAUACGGGUGUUGCAAAACGCGACCUUAUCAUGGUCGAUGUCCUUCCUAAACAUUCUACACAUUCCGACAAGCUUCGAGAAAAUUCGCCAUCUACCCUGAAUUCUCAAACUACCCCCCCAUUGUCUCCGACCGAUCGAGACAUUGUUCGAAAUCAGACUUCGCCAACAAGCGUUCUACCUAAAGAGCCGUUGCCUAACGCGAUUUAUGUUUCAAACUCAACCCAGUCUUAUGAUUUUCCAAUGGCUAGUAGCCGAACUCUGAAGAGAUUGGAUGACGAGGUGCACCGGAGUUAUGAAGAGGUUCGAACAUUGAAGAAGGAGAUAGUCGGCCUGAAGGAGCACGAGUGGGAAUUGCAGCAAAUAAAUCACCGGGACAGAGAAGAAUGUAGUCGAGCGGUACAAGCUCUUCAAGAGACGGCAUUCAAGCCGUGGAGAGCGGGAAAAUGGCUUCCUACUGAGCAUGAUACCAUUAAUCUUGAGAUUUCUACACUUCAGGCAGCAAUGAGCGGAUGGAUACGGGGUGCAACAAGUGGCGACUCUCAGCUCGAUAAUUUAUCUGAAGUGUUCCAAAGAGAAGCCCAGGACAAAGAUGCAUUAAGUGAAGAGCUGUGGAAAGUGAUGAUCUUCAAAAACGAUAUGCUGCCUGAAGGACUACCUCAUAAACGGGCCAAAAAGUUCUUGCUAGAAGCCCUUCUUGCUCAUCAUCUUUUCACGAAUGUUUUCUCGUCGCCUUUCUUUUUUCUCGGAGAUCAAUCAACGAGCUUGGAUUCUAUGUAUCGAACGGGAUUAUCAUGGAGUGUCGCAGAUGCUAACAAAUGGCGCUCUGAUACACUGAGGCUGUUAUCCCCGGAGGCUUCGAGAGAUGAUAAAGCUGAGGCUGUCAGACUCAAGAUUCCACCUUUACUUGAUGAUAGAGCGAACAUUCAAGCAGCGAACUUCUUCAGAAGCCCUGCUCGGUGCUUCUUCCAGGCCGCUGGUCUAGCUUACCAUCUCUGGACUCGACGAUCAAUGCUCAAAAUAGUGACGCGCAAGGACUUGAACUCUUUGUUCCACAUUGAUGACCGACAGAUGGCUCUACAUGGUAGCGUGCAAGAAGAUAUCGAAGAUACGCUAAUAGGCCAACCCGUUAGUCUGGUAAUGUACCCCGGUGUUGUGUCAUAUGGUUUGGACGAGUGCGUGGAUUAUGAAAUUCCACGACCAUGGAUUCCAGCGAAAGUUUGGUUGCACAAGCGGUUGCACACGCCUUUGUCGGAAAAGCCGCAAGUACCAGUUGGGGAGGAUUUGGAGAUGAAAGGAUAG